AUGUCUUCUCCAAAUAAGGUCAGAAGCAAGCUCCAUCCCUUUGCCAAGAAGAACCUAGAUGAAAACGUCCUCCAUUUGUUCGAGAAUACUCUGGUUUUAGGUCCACAUUGUGAAGUGAGAAAUAGUCCAGUGAAAUGGGAAGACUGGAUUGAUAGGCUCCUUCCAAAAUAUGGAACUCAUUGGAAGCGGGCUGGUAUCUAUGAUGCCAUACUUUUGUCCAAGCAAUCUGUCAAUAGAGAUGAGAACCUUCUUGCUGCUGCCUUGUGUUUUUGGAAUUCUGCCAGCAAUACCUUUGAUUUUCGCGUAGGCCCCAUGGCUCUAACUCUGCUGGACAUGGCUCAGAUUUUUGGGUUCAGGCCCCAUGGAAGACCUAUUGAUGCUGUUGGUGAUUAUCAUAGGAGGAAGAACCAACAGAAACUAGCCAAGCCAUUCACCAUCUCUCCAGCCCUUAUUAACCAAAACUGCUCAUUCUCCAAUUACCUGAGGAAAUUCAAUGCUGAGAAGGACAAGGACCAGCAGCACAUGUUAUUCCUUCUGUAUUGGUUGAACAAGUUCAUUCUCCCCAACUGCUCCUCAGCAGUUCUGCUUGAGUACAGACACCUGGCAGAAGCCCUGUACAACCAUACAAUCUGGUUGCAAGUCUUCCCAGAAUUGAGGUUCCCAGACAUAGUUCUGCCUGAAGAUCAAGUUCUGGCUCAGCCUCUGAUGUUGGCAGAAGUGCCCAAGCGCUCCCUUGAAGAGUAUCUGAUGUUCUUCCGGCACUGCACUAAAAGAUCAGCAGCUCAGUGGCAGUUGGUGAUCAGAAGGACCUAUCCUUGGUUCCAGCCUGGAUACCGUUUGUUCGAGAAAGAGCCGGAAGAAAAAGAAGCCAUAAUUGAUUUUAGGAAGAAGUCCCAUGGAGGUGGGAAGCCUCCCAAUUAUCAUCUGGGGGCAGAAGUGUAUCACCCCAACUUUUGUGCAAGGCAGCUUGGCUGCCCACAGCUCAUUCCACUCAAAUCCUAUAGGAGCUGCAAUCGGGCUUCUUCCUGGAGGGAUUUAGAUGAUUUGGAGGUGCACAAGGAUGCCAGGUGCGCGGUGAACAAGAUCAACAAUAGUGCAGAUGCCCUCUAUCCGUCCUGGGAGUCCAAUUCCUGCAGUUCUGCCGAUUUCGACGCUUGGUGGAAGGCUCGAUUUCGAAAUCUGCCUGCUUCCAGCACUGCACUGACCAUAAAGGACAUCAAUGCCCAAGUUCUGGGAGAUCCCUCUGUGACACAGAACGUUGGUGGACAAUUUGCCCAGGCUGGAGAAGUAUUUGGUGAAUUUUCUACCCUUCUGUUGCCUCUACCUUUUCCUGCUGGAUUGGCUUCUGACAUUGUCAUUUCCUGUGUAGUUACUUUUGUCAUUUCCGUUGGGGACCUGGAGCUUCCUUCUGGAGAGGAGGAGGAUGAAAUCCUGGCAGAACAACUAGUUGUUGAGGCUACUCCUUCUGCCAGAAAGAAAAGGAAAGAAACUGCUCCUCCCCAGGACAACAUUCUGAAAGUCCUCCUCCCCUUUCUAGAUGAUGAGUUGAGAGAGGCCUUUGAGGUAGUGGAGCAGGAGAAGGAGUUAGAAGCAUUAGAAGAGGUCGGAGAGGGACCUCAAGAAAAACCAAAGAUAGUAGAAGAAGAAGAGGAGAUUCCUGCUGAAGUGAUUGCAGAGAGCAUCGCUUUGGCAUAG